AUGGAAGGGCGCAUUGCCAACGCCCUGCGCGACCUGGCCGACGCUUUGGACGAGUUGGGCGAGAACCGGGAGAAGCAGGAAACACCGGCGGCCAACAGCCGUCGGGUACCUUCUCCCAGUGGGCAAAGCCAAGCUUCGUGGUCAGUGGUGAGCGGCUCGGAGGGCUACAAGAAAGGCGGCGCCACCGAGAGGGCGGCGGCAACAAGGGGGCCGGAAGCUUCACCUCAGACGGCGAAGAGCUCAGCAGUAGCUUACCACACCGAAGUGACCAUCACCGGAAACAUGGAGGCGAAUCGAGCGGCACCUUCCCAACGAGCGACUUUGCGGCUCACACGUGAAGUUACGCAGAGUGGCCGGCCGAGCCGAAGCUCUGUUGGUUUGGGGAAAGGCGUGGCCCAAUCGGGCGAUGCCGGCCCUGCCAGCCUGAUCGAUGCGGCCGUACCGGCCCAGGAGCUGCUGUGCGCCGUGACCAAAGCAGCCAAAAGUUUGGGGCCGGAGCCGGUCAGUGACAACCUGUCGCCAGCUGAGGUGAUUGCAGACCCUACCACCCGCGACACGGCCGCGAGGUGGCGAGCAGGCAAUCCCGCCCGUCGUUUGACCAGCGUCCUCGCUAGAAUGGUGCAAGCACUCCAAAGUUAUGGUGGUGUGGUGGCGGGCCCGGAGUGCCCGGCUACCCACCGUACUGCAGAGGGAGUGGCGAGCCCGGAGUGCUCGGCUCCCCGACGGCGCACAGGGCCACUUCGUGGCCUUGAUGUGGUCAGUGCGAACCCACCGGCUUUGUCCUGGAUUUCUUCUUUGGCACGUUUGGUGACGCCUUGGAAUGGAAAUGGGCAAGCCCUGCGGGCCCGUUGGUCAACGGUGAAAUGGAGGACUGUCCUGGCCGUCUUGGUUGUGCUGAUGUUCCCACGCUUGGUGGCCCUCACCAUCGCGAUCUUCUUUCGGCUGCUGGUGAGGGCCGUGAUGAGUUUGGCAAGCCAUGUUCUUCGUGAGCUGUGGUUCCAGCUUAAUGCAACCGCGGCGGAGCUCGAGGAUGCUUUGGUGAACUGGUUGUACGGACAACUUGGAUUUGCGAAUCCCUACGUGCAGCCACCGGCCCUCAUCACUCAUGAUACCGUGCCGGCGCCGCCACCGCCUCCGGCUGGUGGGGGGCAAUCCCUCCCAGCCCGCCCUAUGGACUUCAUCACGUGCUUCCUCCUGGUGCUCAACCUGCGGCGUCCUUACGGAGGGGGGGGCGGAAACGGAGGUCCUGAAGGCUAG